AUGAGAGCAAGAAGUAGAAGCAAGCUUCUCUGCAAUCAAAUGCCUCAAAACAUCCCAUCUUUCAACUCCAAUAAUGCGAAAAUCAAAAGGAUCAGUUCUCUUUUCGCUCACUUCUCCAUUGAAUUUCGAUUCCUUACAACUUCUCUAACUGACCCUUCAGUAAAACCCCACACAGAUUUAUCUCUUAUUAACUUUAAUGGUAUUGCACACUCUGUGAUAUCUAAAUAUUCUCAUUUCUUUGAUAAAAAUGAACCCAAAAGAGACAACUUUUUUAAUGAUGCUUCUUUUAAAACCCUGCUUUUAGAUAUCUCUGAUGUAAUACCUGACCUUACUCGUCGUUUUUUGAGGGUUUUGAGGUUGAAACCAGAAGAUGUGCUUGAAAUAUUAAUGGGUUUUCAAUUUGAGUGUGAAAGAGUUGCAGUUAAGGGUACAAAGGUUGAGUCUUUAUGGGAGAUUUUCAAGUGUGCUAGGGAACAAGAUAAGGGUUUUAGGCAUUUUCCUAAGUCAUGUGAGGUUAUGGCCUCUAUUCUUGUUAGAUAUGGGAUGUUUAGAGAGGUUCAGUUAUUGCUUUUGGCAAUGGAGAGACAAGGAAUUUCAAUGGAUAGUAGUGGGAUUUUUGUUAGUUUGAUUGAAGGGUAUGUUGGUGUUCGUGAUUUAGAAAGGGCUUUUUUAGUGUAUGAUCAAAUGAGGGAGGGAGAUUUAGUGCCUUCGUUGUCAUGUUAUCGUGUUCUUGUUGAUCUUUUGUUAAGAAUGAAGAGAACCCAGAUGGCAUUUCGAGUUUCUUUAGAUAUGGUAGAAUUGGGAGUUGAUGUCAGUGAAAGAGAGAAGGCUAGUUUUGAGAAUGUUGUCAGAUUACUUUAUAGGGAUGGAAUGAUUCAAGAAGCGAGGAAUUUUAUUAGGAAGGUAAUGGCCUUAGGUUUUGAGCCUAGCAGCUUGGUUCUUAAUGAGAUUGCUCGUGGGUAUUGUGAGAAGAAGGACUUUGAGGAUGCAGUAAGGUUUUUUGCUGAAAUGAAAUGUUCCCCAAAUGUGCCUACUGGCAAUAAGAUUUUAUUUAGUUUAUGUACUAGUUUUGGUGUAGAGAGAGCAAAUUUAUUCAGGCUCAAAUUGGAGCACUUGGGCUUUAUGCCUGAUGAAAUAACUUUCGGGAUCUUGAUUUGUUGGUGUUGUCGUGAAAGGAAAUUGAGGAAUGCCUUCAAUUAUUUAUCAGAGAUGUUAUCUCGAGGCCUAAAGCCUGAUAUGUGGUGUUAUCAUGCUCUUAUCAGUGCAUUGUUUAUGGAAGGCCUAUGGAAGCAUGCAUGA